CUUUUUCAAUUACGUGUGAAAAUGUUGCGGCUUUUGAACACGACAAACAGAUACUAAAUCGUGUCAAUUUUGUGUCGGAUUUUGAACACAAACACGACAUUGUGUUUUUUACAAUUGACACGAACACGAAUUCAAAUUUCAGUGUUGUCAAAAUUUCCUUUCGUGUUGUGUAUUUUUUGCAUCGUGUUUUUUACGGUUGGCACGAACACGAAUUCAAAUUUCAGUUUCAUCCAAAUUUAGUUUGGUGUUGUGUAUUUUUUUGUGUGUACAUAUGAAAAGCAUACGUGAAGGCUUAGGGGCAUUUUGGGGAUUUAAGCAGAAUUUGCAAUGACGAACGAAUUACAUGUCGAAGCUUUGCUUUCGUCAUCAAUGGCGAAGAAGCUCCAAUUAUGGAGAAAUUAUUGUUUAAUUUUACACUAUUUUUCCCGGAUGGACAUGGACAGGAGCAAAUUUGAAAACUGUUCGCUGUUGACGACGACGACAUGGCUUUGGUUUUUCCUUCAGGGUUUCUUAAGGAUCACAAUUCACAGGUUUGGUUGUGAAGUGAAAAUGUCGAGUUUGAAGUCUACUUAGACUGGAAAUGGGGAGCGCUGCUAAGCUUAUCGUGGAUGCCCUGCUACAACGGUUCCUUCCACUUGCUAGACGUAGGAUUGAAACUACACAAACACAUGAUGGACGUUACCUUCGGCCAUCGGAUCCAGCUUAUGAACAAGUGUUGGAUUCCUUAGCUUUGGUGGCUCGACACAUGCCUGUACCUCUUCUUGAAGCGCUUCUUCGUUGGAGAGACAGUGAAUCCCCAAAAGGUGCAAAUGAUACAUCUGCAUUUCAGAAAAAGCUUGCAGUGGAGUGCAUUUUUUGUUCAGCUUGUAUUCGCUUUGUGCAGUGUUGUCCACCUGAUGGACUUACAGAAAAACUAUGGAGUGGGCUUGAACAUUUUGUAUUUGAUUGGUUGAUCAAUGCUGAUAGGGUUGUAAGUCAGGUUGAAUAUCCUUCGUUGGCUGAUUUGAGGGGGCUCCUUCUAGACCUAGUUGCACAGCUUGUGGGUGCUCUAUCACAGAUCAGGUUCACAUCUGUAACUGGACACUUUUUCAUGGAACUCAACACCCGUCGUAUCGAUACUAGUGGGGCCCGAACCGAAACCCUCAGCAUCAUUAAUGGGAUGCGACAUUUAAAGCUCGGGGUAAAGACGGAGGGUGGUAUCAACGCAUCAGCAUCUUUUCUGGCAAAAGCAAAUCCACUGAGUCGUGCUCCCAGCAAACGAAAAAGUGAACUUCACCAUGCACUUUGCAAUAUGUUGUCAAGCAUUUUGGGCCCACUUGCAGAUGGUGGAAAAGGUCACUGGCCUCCACCUGGCAUGCAACGUGCACUUCCUGCAUGGUAUGAAGCUGUUGCGCGUGUAAGGAUACAGAUCACUCAUUGGGCAGACAAACAGAGCAAGCAUAUACCUGCUGCUUACCCUUUGGUGACUCUGCUUCUCUGUCUUGGUGAUCCUCAUGUUUUUCUCGGUAACUUUAGUGUUCAUACUGAGCAACUGUAUAAACAUCUAAAGGAUAAGAACAACCGGUUCAUGGCUCUGGAUUGUAUACACUGUGUUACAAAAUUUUAUCUGAGUGUUCAUGGGGAGUCCCAACAAUCAAACCUGGUAUGGGACUACCUGGACAGUGUGACAACACAACUUCUAACAGCUCUUAAAAGAGGGAUGCUUACACAAGAUGUCCAACAUGAUAAACUUGUUGAACUCUUUGUUACAAUAGGGGAACAUCACCUUGAUUUUUGUAUCAAUCAUGUGAUACUGGAAUUGCUUAAGCAAGAUAGUCCAAGUGAGGCGAAGGUCAUUGGUCUUCGUUCUUUACUUGGCAUUUCAGUGGCUCCCACAAGCGAACAUAUCGGCUUGGAAACCCUUCAUGCUCAGGACUUGGGUCACUACGUUCCAAAAGUAAAGAUUGCAAUCGAGUCUAUAUUAAGGUCAUGCCAUAGAGCUUACAAUUUGGCGCUUCUCACCUCUUCAAAGACAACUAUAGAUGCUAUCACAAAGGAGAAGUCACAAGGGUAUCUUUUUCGGUCAGUUUUAAAGUGCAUACCAUACCUGAUUAAAGAUGUUGGCAGAAGUGAUCGAAUGACUGAGAUAAUACCCCAACAUAGUAUCAGCAUUGAUCCUGGUAUUCGUGAGGAAGCAAUACAAGCACUGAAUAGAAUUGUGAGAUUCCUACCUGAACGUCGAUUUGCAGUUAUCAGAGGUAUGGUGAACCUCAUCUUACGCCUUCCAGACGAGUUCCCUCUUCUCAUUCAAACAUCAAUAAACCGCCUUCUAGAACUCUUGCGUUUAUGGAGAGCUUCUCUUUCUGAUGAUGAUGUUGAACAUGAUGAUUUCCAUGCUUCAGAGAUUGAAGCAGUUGGUCUUAUCUUUCUUACUUCUGCUGAUACUCAUAUUCGACACACAGCAUUGGAGUUGUUGCGAUGUGUGCGUGCUUUACGAAAUGAUAUACAAAGCUUUAUGUUAUGUGAAAAGUCGGAUCUCAUAGAGCCUAUACUAAUGAUCGAUGUGUUUGAGGAAAAUGGGGAUGAGAUUGUUCAAAGUUGUUACUGGGAUUCCAACCGUCCGUUUGAUCUGAGACGAGAAUCUGACGUGGCACCUCCUGAUGCGACACUUGAAGCUAUGCUUUUUGAAAGCCCUGAUAAGUACAGAUGGCCUCGUUGUCUUAGUGAGCUUGUCAAAUAUGGUGCACUUCUCUGUUCACGUUCCAUUCAGGAAGCAAAGGUAGAGAUUACUAAGAGACUUGCGCUUGUGACACCUGUUGAAUUGGGAGGAAAGGCUCAUCAGCUUCAAGAUGCAGACAACAAAGUAGAUCAAUGGCUGUUGUAUGCUGUGUUCGCUUGUUCCUGUCCACCUGGAAGGGAAGGAGCUGGUACUUCAUCAACACGAGAGCUUUUCCGACUUAUCAUCCCCUCACUAAAAUCUGGUUCUGAAGCAUAUGUUCAUGCUUCAAGUAUGGCUCUUGGUCAUUCACAUCUGGAAGUGUGUGAAGUAAUGUUCAGCGAGCUGGCAUCUUAUAUGGAUGAAAUUUCUUCAGAAACAGAAGGAAAACCAAAAUGGAAGAGUCAAAAACCUCGACGUGAAGAACUCCGAAUUCACAUUGCAAAUGUUUACAGAAGUGUUGCUGAGAACAUAUGGCCUGGGAUGCUGUCACGUAAGCCGGUUUUCCGUCUUCAUUAUUUGAAAUACAUCGAUGAAACAACCAGAUUAAUCACAACAGGACCUCUUGAGAAUUUUCACGAAAUGCAAACCCUUCGUUACACACUUUCAUGUGUACUAAUCCCAUUGGCGCCUGAAUUCGUGGAUUCAAAAUCAGAAAAAUUUGAUCCGAAAAUCAGAAAGCGAAUAUUCGAUCUUUUUCUCUCAUGGUGUGAUGACUCAGGGAGUACGCUGACUCAGGAUGGGUUAAGUGAUUAUCGGCGUGAAGUUGAACGAUACAAGUCUAGUCGCUACACGCGGUCAAAAGAUUCGGUUGACCGGGUCUCAUUUGACAAAGAACUUUCUGAACAGGUUGAAGCAGUGCAAUGGGCUUCCAUGAAUGCCAUGGCUUCAUUGUUAUAUGGCCCUUGUUUUGAUUUUGAUAAUGCGAGAAAAAUGAGUGGAAGGAUUAUAUAUUGGAUUAAUAGUCUCUUCAUUGACUCUGCACCCAGGGCUACUUUUGGUUAUUCACCCACUGAUCCUAGAGCUCUAUUUUAUGGUAAUAAACACACAGGAGGAGGAGCUACUGGACAUGAUAAAACCAAAUCUGGUCACCUUCGUGUUUCUCUUGCUAAGAUAGCUUUAAAGAAUCUUAUUCUUACAAAUUUAGACCUUUUUCCUGCUUGCAUUGAUCAGUGCUAUUAUUCUGAUGCGGGUGUAGCAGAUGGAUACUUCAGUGUAUUGGCUGAAGUCUACAUGCGUCAAGAAAUGCCUAAAUGUGAAAUCCAACGACUCUUGAGUUUGAUUCUUUACAAAGUGGUGGACCCAUCUAGACAGGUUCGUGAUGAUGCCUUACAAAUGCUUGAAACUUUAUAUAUCCGUGAAUGGGCUGAAGAAGAUAAGAUUGAAAGUUCCGGAAGCUGCUAUCAAGCUGCAGUAGUUGGGAACCUUCCGGAUUCCUACCAACAAUUUCAAUACAAAUUAUCUUGCAAGCUUGCUAAAGAUCGCCCCGAGCUGAGUCAGCUUCUUUGUGAGGAAAUCAUGCAGAGACAACUAGACGCGGUUGAUAUAAUUGCACAGCACCAAGUUUUAACAUGUAUGGCUCCUUGGAUUGAAAAUCUUGAUUUUUGGAAACUUCAAAAUUCAGGGUGGAGUAAAAGAUUAUUGAAAAGUCUUUAUUAUGUGACGUGGCGACACGGUGAUCAUUUUCCCAAUGAAAUCGAGAAGCUUUGGAGAACUAUUGCGAGUAAGACGCGUAACAUCCGCCCGGUUCUUGAUUUUUUAAUCACUAAAGGAAUUGAAGAUUGUGAUUCCAAUGCAUCAACGGAAAUAAGCGGUGCGUUUGCUACAUAUUUUUCAGUUGCUAAAAGAGUAAGCUUGUAUCUAGCUAGAAUUUCUCCACAAGGUACAAUCGAUCACUUGGUUUACAAAUUAGCCCAAAGAAUGCUUGAAGAUAGUUUAGAACCCAUCAGACCAACAUCUAACAAGAGCGAUUUGGGAAAUUUCAUUUUGGAAUUUUCUCAGGGUCCAACACCAGUUCAGAUGCAGAGUACUGCGUCUGUUGUUGAUAACCUAAACCCACCGCCUCAUUUGUCACCAUUACAAGUUCGAGGAUCUGUUGAUGGUCAACUAACAAGGAUAAACCUUGCUCCGGUGGCUUCUGGAAGGUCUAGCCAGCUGAUUCCGUUGAUGUCACCGUUAAUGGGAGUCCGGAAUUCACGAAGCCGACAUGCUUCUCGAGAUAGUGGGGAUUACUUGAUCGAGACACCGAAUUCGAAUUCCGAAGUAGAUGGUCUACAUGCUUUUAGUGGAAUUCUCGGUGUUAGUGCUAAAGAGCUUCAUACAGCCUUACAGGGUCAUCAGCAACAACAUUCCUUAACCCAUGCAGAUAUAGCUCUGAUCCUACUUGCAGAAAUUGCUUAUGAAAAUGACGAAGAUUUUAGGGAGCAUUUACCUUUACUUUUUCACGUGACAUUUGUCUCCAUGGACAGCUCAGAAGACAUUGUUCUAAAACACUGUCAGCUGUUACUCGUUAAUUUACUAUAUUCACUCGGUGGGCGACAUCUGGAGCUUUACACUGUUGAAAAUAAUGAUGGCGAAAACCGGCAACAAGUCGCAAGUUUGAUUAAAUACGUCCAAUCAAAACGUGGGAACAUGAUGUGGGAAAACGAGGACCCCACAGUCACAGAAAUCAACCUCCAAAGUACAACGCUAUUAUCUGCACUUGUACAAAGCAUGGUGGAAGCUAUAUUUUUUCAAGGUGAUCUUCGUGAGACAUGGGGAACCGAAGCCCUCAAAUGGGCAAUGGAGUGUACGUCUAGACAUCUUUCGUGUAGGUCCCACCAAAUCUACCGGGCCCUACGACCCCAGGUCAACCAUGACGCGUGCAUCCUUCUCCUCAGAUGCCUUCAUCGAUGCUUACAAAACCCAGUACCCGAAGUUUUGGGUUUUGUUAUGGAAAUUUUGUUGACUUUACAAGUCAUGGUCGAAAAUGUCGAGCCCAAGAAGGUGCUUGAGCUAUUCUUGCGUGUGAUUGACCAUUUAGUAUUUUCGGAUAGAACAACAGAAAACGUUCUUCUUUCAAGCAUGCCACGGGAUGAGUUUGACCACAGUGUGGUUGACUUUGACUUUGACUUUGAGUUUCAGAGAAUCCCGGUUUUCAAAGGCGUACAACCUCUUGUACUGAAAGGACUCAUGUCAACCGUGAGUCACGAUGUUUCAGUCAAGGUUCUCUCACGGUUAACCGUGCCCUCUUGUGAUUCCAUAUUCGGGGACCCAGAGACAAGACUUUUGAUGCACAUCAUCGGUUUGCUUCCAUGGCUAUGCUUACAUUUAAACCCGGAAGCAGUUGUGGGGUCCACUUUUUCCCCCCAAAACGCGUGUUUGGUUUCGAUGAAUCUUGCAAUAUGGUGUCGGGCGAAAUGUUUAGAUGAAUUAGCGUGUGUUUUCACGGAGUAUUCUCAAGGGAGAAUAAAAAGUAUAGAGGAUCUAGUUGUGUGUGUUUCAGCGUUGUUAUGUAAGAAAUGGGUAGGGAAGCAUUUGUCAUUGGGUUUGAGACAUUUGGUUGGUGUUUUGGAGAAAGGUCCUGUUGAAUAUCAGCGUGUUGUUUUAUUAAUAUUACAGGAGUUUCUUCAGCAUAUUCCGAUGGAUGCUGUUCAGAGCUCACAAAUAUAUGCACUUGUUUCACAGCUUCUUGAAAGUGGUUUGUGCUGUUCAGAGGUGUUAAGUGUGUUGGAAGCUCUUUUACAUAAUUACGGGUCUAUCCAUGAUCCGGUGGCGUAUUACGAAAGUGGCCUUGGUGGGGUGGGGGUUGGGGUGGACGAGUCAUCAUUCAUGGCCCACAGUGGAGGUGGAGGUGGAACAACUGAGGAGUCGGGCAAAGAGUUGGGUUUACGGAAUACCCGGUUGAUUCUUGGGCGGGUGCUUGAUAAUUGUGUGCUUGGGAGAAAACGGGACUACAGACGAUUGGUGCCGUUUGUAAAUACCAUCACUAACUUCUAA